AUGUAUAUAGAUAUGCACAUCAAGUUUUAUUCUAAAAAGUCUGUAAAAGAGUUAUUAUUCAAAUCGAUAAGCUCAGGAUAUAGUAUAGUAGCAAUUGCUAUACCAUAUGAGGAUAUAUGUAAUUAUAAUAUAAAUGAGAAAUGGAAAGUAAUAAAUAUAUUUGUUUCUAAAAAAUUUAGUAAUGUUAUUAAAAAGUUAGAGAAUAAUAACAAUGAAUGUGAUAACUAUUUUAUUGAUAAAAUAAAUUAUGAAGAUGAACUAAAUGAAUAUUUAUUAAAAUUAAAUAAUCAAAUCGAUAAUAAUUAUAUUUUAGUAAAUAAAAAUAAUACAUUAUCAAUUAAAAAUAUAUGUGAUGACUUUAUAUUAAAUUAUAAACAUGAAAUAGAAGAAGAAGAAAUAAAAAAAUUACAUAAUUGGCUAGCUCCUAAAUUUAUAGCUACUGAAAAUAGUAAUAAUAAAAAAGACAUUAAAAUGAUUGGACAAGAAAAUAGUUAUAUUAAAACUAGUGAUAAUUUAAAUAAUAUUCAAAAUGAAAACAUUUUUUUUUUACAAAAUAAUACAGAUACAUAUAUAUUAAAAAGGUUAAAUAUAAAAUAUGAAGAUGUUAAACAAAUUGAAAAUUAUCAAAAUUUUUUAAAAGAAAAUAAAUUUGAUUUAAUAUCAAUUGAAGUAACAAAUCCUGAAGAGAUAAAUAUAAUAGCUAAUAAAUAUGAUUGUGAUAUUAUUUAUUUUGAUUUAAAAAACCCAUUUACUUCUUUAAAAAAAACAGAUAUACAAAAUGCUAUAGACAAAGGAUUGUUUUUUGAGUUAUCAUCACCUACUAUACUAACUACAAAUACGGAAUAUUUUUAUUAUUCUAUAUAUUUAAAUAAUAUAAUUUCUGUUAUACCAUUAAAUAGACUUAUUAUUAGUUCAGGUAGUAUAGCACACACUGAAAUAUUAGAACCACUUCACUUUUUGAGAUUACAUUUUAAUUUCAAUAAAUUUUCAUAUAAGCAUUUAAUUGGAUGUAUAACCAAUGUACCUCUUGCUUGUAUCCAAAGAGCAUCUGUCAGAAAAUCGAUGAAUACAGCUAUAUUUCACAAAACUGUGUUAUGA